CACACCCAUAAGCCAACAAAAGAAAAUGUUCUUAGCUUAGCAAAACCCUAACACCACUAAAAGGUCUCCCGCCUCCCCCAUUCACCCCAUUAAGCCUUCACCUUUUAUUCUUUUUUAGCAAUGGAGAUAAUCAACACUAAAACCCCCUCGUUUGCACGAGCUGAGUCCUCAUCAGAGACACACGCCAUCAACGGCAAGACCAAGUCUUUGUUACUCCUCAAGAACUGCAGCAGCAAUAUCAUCUAUCACCAUUAUCAUCAGGAAAUGGUGGUUUCCUACAAAGAGUGCCUCAAAAACCAUGCGGCAAGCUUGGGUGGACAUGCCCUGGAUGGCUGUGGUGAGUUCAUGCCUAGCCCUACCGCUAACCCAACUGACCCUGCCUCCCUCAAAUGUGCUGCCUGUGGCUGCCAUCGCAACUUCCACCGCCGUGACCCUUAUGAUGGUCCUGCUUUCAUCCACCAUCUGCCACCGCCACCUAAUCCUAGUUCAAGUCCAAGCCCAACCCAUAGCGCAGGUCCGAGCCCUAGCCCAACCUAUACCCCACCAUCACCAGUCCCAUACUCUUACUACUCUUCUGCACCCCACAUGCUGAUGGCCCUGAGCACAGGCUACUCAGGGCCGUUGGAUGAGUACCAUCAUCACCUCAACCACUCCAAUCCCACAGUAGGAAGGAUAGUGAACAACAACAACAACAACAAUUCAAGUGGGAGAAAGAGGUCAAGAACAAAGUUUAGCAAGGAACAGAAAGAAAAGAUGCAUGCUUUUGCUGAGAGGCUUGGUUGGAGGAUGCCAAAGAGUGAAGAAAGAUUGAUAGAAGAGUUUUGCAAUGAAGUUGGAGUCGAUAGAGGAGUUCUCAAGGUUUGGAUGCACAACAACAAGAACACUUUUGGCAAGAAAGAGAUAUUAGCAGUUUGUAAUCUCAAUCUUGACAACAACAACAGUGAAGAUAAUGGAAAUGGCAAUGCUUUUGAUUCCAAUAGUGACAUCCCUAACAAUGAGGGUAGUAUUCAGCCUUAUGUUUCCACUAAUAAUGGGUCUUCUUCAUCUUCUUAAUUUAGAAAAGAUACUGAAAUUUUCACACAAAGCAGCAGGCUUUAGUGGGUAUUAUUGUUACUGUUUUUUUCUUUUUUCUUCUGUUUGGUUUAGCUUUUUUUCAUGUUCUCAGAGUUUUUCUUUUUGUACCUUUCUUGCUGAUUAGUAAUCUAAUUAGUAGUGUUGGGAGGUGAAAGAGGAAGAGAACAGAGGAUAUGACUUGUGAGGAUAACAAUUAAAGGGAUCUGCUAAUUGAUCUUCAGACAUAUUAUAACAUAAUUCUUUGUCUUCUAGCUCAGAGUUGAUAGUUGCCUUUCCUUUCCAAUUCUCAUGCUUCAU